AUGACAAAUGAGAUUACAAUGAGCAGCGAGAUAGAUUAUGAUUGCGAAGAUUUUAAUAGUUCAAAGCGCCCGAAAAUGACCUCUAAAGUUUGGGAAGAAAUGCAGCGCAUUCAAACAACUGAAGGUAGUAAAGUUCUAUGUAAAUACUGUGGAAAGCUGUUGCAAGAUAAUUGUGGAACUUCUCAUUUGAAGCGGCAUUUAGUCAUAUGUCCCAAGCGACCAAAACCUGUCGGUGUUGUUACUCAAGAUUCAAUGUCUCCGGCAUAUCUUAGAGGUACCUAUAGUGCCAAAGAUUCUGGAUUAAGCAAAGCACUUAUGGUACGCCCAUUAAAGGUCGAGCCUCAAUCACAAGUCAUAUGUUUUUCUCCUACUCCAAAUUAUGGAACUGGAGCUGUUACUAUUGCAUCCAUUGAUAAUGCUUCCAAUUCCAUUGUGGAACUAAAUCAUAAAAACAGUUCCACUUUGUUACUGCCUAGCCUUGAAUCUCGUCAAAAUCAAGAGGAACUAUCUCUCGACGACGACGUAGAAAUGAAAGCAUUUUAUGCUUCUCUUGAUGUUGAGUCCUCUUUUAAGUCACCGUCCCAAGAUACCACCGUCAUCACUGAAUCAUCCAACACUACUAUGCCAAGUGAAGAGACAAGCAAAGCAUUGAAAACACUGCAAGACCUUCUCUCCAAAGACUUCUCUGUUCUACUGCAAACGAAACAGUGCGGUGCCAUGAAAUCUACGCUAGAAUACCUUUCCAAGAUGUCAUCGGUCAAUGGAAUCUCGGCAGAAAUGAAAUUGUUGAUAUUGGAAGUUUCUAGAGAAUUCACUCGGUGGAGUUGCGACUACAACAAUGCUAGUAAGAAAAUAGAGUCAGCGAGCUCCAACAUCACGAAAGCAGAUAAACUCGAAGAAAGCCUCGAAGCAAACAAGAACGAGUUCAAGGAAGUUCUGUCUUUGGAAAACGAGUUGUGCAACCAGCUAGCAACUCUGGAGCAAAGAAAGAAAGAGCUGGAAGAUCAGAUAAAUGCAAUCAAAGGCAACAUAUCCGUGUUUCAAUCGGCUAAGUUCAAGGCUAUGAAGAGAAAAAGGGAAGUUUUUGAAGAAGCAAAGACUCUGAAAGUACAAAGAGAUGAGUUGAGGGAGCAAGUUCCACAGUUGAAAGAUGAAAGGGAAAUGGCCAAGAAAGUCCAAGAAAAUAUUCAAGUUGAAUGGUUAAAGCUUGGAGAAAAAUUUAACAAAAGCUUAAAUGGGGUAAAUUCUGAAUACAUUCAAGUUUGUUCAUCAGAAAAUUGCAUAUAA